AUGGCCUUUCGAACAGAAAUGGGAUUAUAUUUCUCAUACUAUAAAACAAUAGUUAAUGCUGAUAGUUUCUCCAAUGGACUCUAUGAAGUCACAAAUGAUAAUAUGACUGAAUAUGGGCAUACAAUCAAUACAUUGAAGCGAUUCAACUUGUACCCUGAGGUUAUCCUCUCUUUUUUAUUCCGAAAUUUCAAACGAAUCGCAGAGACUUACGAUUGGAAGGUCGAAAAUUGCUGGCAAGUUAAUCGUGGGCCGGAAUUGCCUCCCGUACAAGGAUGUGAAGGAAUCGGAAACUUACAUUACUUCUACAUCGAUAACGUAUUCAUCUUAGCCGGUACCGUUGCUGGAUGUCUUUUCUUACUCGGAGUCAUUGUUAGUGAUUCCAUUUUUGGUGGUCUCAUUAGCGUAGCCGCUUUCUUCUUCAAUCACGGUGAGGCUACUCGUGUGCAAUGGACUCCUCCAUUACGAGAGUCUUUCGGCUUUCCUAUGAUUAUUGCCCAGAUCACUGUGUUAUCCUACAUCCUCAGAAACAACCGAGUGAAUAUCCUUUGGCCGAUCGCUUUGGGUUUCUUCACGGUCGGUUCCAUGUUAUUCUGGCAGUUCUCACAGUUUGCCUUCUUCACACAAAUCGGAUCUCUUUUCAUAGUUUACGUGUUUGACUUCAUCCAGCUCAACACAAUCAAAACCAUUCUUAAAUCUCAUUUGGUUUCCUUCAUCUGUUCCUUCUUCCUUCUGUUCGGUAACGAAAUGCUUCUGACAGCCUUCUAUUUCCCAAGCAUUUUGGCUCUUAUUUUGAUCAUCUGUCUUGAGCCACUUCUCAAUCGACUGACAUUCCGUCCUUUAUAUGUUUUACUUUCUACUUCUAUUUUCGUCGGAACAGCAAUAGGCCUCAAGAUUAUGAUAGCCUCAAGUCUUCAAGUCGAAGAUGAUGCUCAUAUCAUCGAUAUUCUCAGGUCGAAGUUCAGCUCAUUCAGUAAUUUCCACACUCGUCUAUACACAUGCUCAGCUGAAUUCGACUUCAUGAAGAUGGAAACUGUUCAGAAACUGUUCAUGUCAGUUCUAAUUCCUUCAGCCAUAUUAGGAUGUUUUGUUUUCAUUCUCUAUUUCCUGCUGACAGAAUUCAAACAUAUACUGUGGAGAGACAUCAAUAGCAAAGGAAAACCCUAUGCUGAGAUUUUUUAUAACUUGAUUCAAUUAGCUUGUUACUCAGUAAUGGCUCUUCUUAUCAUGAGAUUGAAGCUGUUCUUCACUCCUCAUCUGUGUGUUUUGGGUGCAGUCCUAGCCAAUCAGAAACUCAUACAGAAAUACAUUUUCUCGAAAUUCAGCAGAAUGUAUUCAACAGCUUUUGUCAUUUUGCUCAUCUCUGCCAUGGCAUUUGAAGGACGAACUAACUUGGAGAAACAAUUAGCUAUUCGAGGAGAGUUCAGCAAUCCCGAUCAAGAGCUAUUGUUCAAUUGGAUCAUCAAGAACACGAAAAAAGAUGCCGUCUUUGCGGGAACUAUGCCAGUCAUGGCAAAUGUAAAAUUAUCAACUGGCAGGCCGAUUGUGAAUCAUCCUCAUUAUGAAGAUGUAGGAAUAAGGAAUCGGACGCUCAAUGUUUAUUCAGUUUUUAGUAAAAAGCCUUUAAAGGAAGUGCAUAAUACACUCAAAGAUAUGGGUGUCAACUAUUUUGUUUUUCAAUUGUUCAACUGCGCACCAGACGCGAACAGACCUUAUUGUGCAUACAGAGGAAUGUGGGAUGAACAUGAUCCUCAAAACGUAGCUAGAAAAUCAAACUGUGAUUUAUACCAUCAGGCUGUUCAUUCACGAGAUGAUUCAAUCAUUAAGCCUUUCUCAAUAGCCUACACUCACCGAGGAAAUUACAUUGUGCUGAAGGUUUAG